GUACACACACACGCGCGCUACACAGAUACAUACACACACACACGCGCGCUACACAGGUACACGCUACACAGGUACACACUGCACAGCUACACACUGCACACAGGCGCAGCCUAACACACCGACGAAGGUGAUCUCAAACCGUUGGCAAAUCAACAAGAACAACAAGAACAACAACAACAACAACUUCAUCAUCAACAACAACAACAUCGUCCUCGUCGUCGCCGGCGGCGGCGGCAAGCGAUGGCGUUCCCGCAACUCGGCUUCCAAUAUCUGGCGAGCUCCUCGCCAGCGAUGAGCGUCGCCGACUCGACGGGAGGACUCCACCAGCCUCGCAUCGCCACGCACGCGUCCCCAGCCGCAGCUGCCGCAGCUGCCGCUGCUGCUGCUGCUUGUGCUGCUGCUGCUGGUGGUGCUGGAGGUGGUGGAGGUGGUGGAGGUGCUGGUGGUGGUGCUGGCGGUGCUUCCAGCGGGAGCUCCAUCAGCCACGUGGCCGCUGCCACCGCAGCAUCCCUCCUGGGUCUCUACUCCUCCUCCUCCUCCACGUACGGCAGCCUCGGCUACGCGGCGGCGUUCCUCCCCUACCCGGCAGCUGACAUCGCCGCGGUGUACGCGCAGCUGGGCGCCCAGUACGAGCAGCUCAAGGAGUGCCCGGCGAUGUCGCACCCGGUGUUCGCGCCGCACCCGGCCCUGCACCACUUACCACCGCACUACUACUCUCCCUACGGGCCUCAGGGCCCCACCGGCGGCCCCCACGGCGCCGCCGUGGUGGGGAGCGACUCUGGCGGGCGACUCGGCAGCAAGGCGGCCACGCGCGAGAGCACCAGCACGCUCAAGGCGUGGCUCAGCGAGCACCGCAAGAACCCGUACCCCACCAAGGGCGAGAAGAUCAUGCUGGCGCUCGUCACCAAGAUGACGCUCACGCAGGUGUCCACGUGGUUCGCGAACGCGCGCCGGAGGCUCAAGAAGGAGAGCAGAGGCGGUGGUGGCGGUGGCGGUGGUGGCGGUGGUGCGGGUGGGUCGGUUGCGGGCGAGGAGGUGGACCUGCAGAGCGUGGAGGUGGCGAGGCGCCGCCGGCCGCUCGCGACUUCUCCCAGCGGCAGCGCUGAGGUCGACGUCGUCGACGAGGACGACGCCGCUGCUGACGGCGACUGCGCCCGUGACGUCGAUGGCCUCGACGAGGUGGACGAUGCUCGCGAUGGCGAGAUGGUGAGAGAGCAGGAGGAUGAGGAGGAGGAGGAUCACCUUGAGAACAAGAAAAGGGCCGUGGAGAUGGAUCAGCAGAUGCACGCUCUCUCGUGCCACACAGGCUCGUGCGCGUCGGGGUGCGUGAAAUGA